AUGGGUCCUGUUGUGUUAUCGGGGUUCUGUGUACAUUGCCAUGCCGCGGGGAGCGAGCUUUGCGUGGAGGAGCUGCGGGGCUGGUUCGUGUCGGGUUCCAAAUCCGGGUCGGAGGAGGAUGAAGGGAGCGGAGCGCGUAUUGUGCCGGUAGCUGGCACGAGGGUGGGCGUGGGUAUCCCGUUUCGGGUAACGAGUACUCUAACCAUGGGGGUUGUCGUUGUCUCGGGCGUAGCUAGGGCUGGUGGCCGUCCUGGGUCCGGCGGGGGAGGGGUCAUGGUCGUGUCGGUGGGAUGUGUGAGUUGUUUUUUGGGGCGCCGCGACCCACUUGUGGGCAAGAGUUUUAUCGGCAGCCCAGCGGCCGGUGGGUGUAAAGGCGAGUGUAUCGCUUGUCCCAGACAUCACACGCGAUGGAGUGGUGCCGUUGAGGACGAAGCCAAGCCGUGGGGACUGGACUUGGCGGACGUGGCGACGGCGGACAACCGACAAGCGCGGUUUCGCCAGUAUGCAAUGGCAUUAGCAAGGGCCGUGUAUAAUAUGUAA